UCGGAGAAGCAAAAGAAUAAGAGACAGGUGCCGUAUCGCAUAUAUCAACAUCGCACAGAAUUAUCACCAGCAUUUUCAUUCAUCCGACGAAUAUUUUUAUAGAUUAUUUAUACUAGAAUUCGAAUAAAAUACAUAUUUUAUUUUGGUGAAAUACAAAAAUUUUAAAAACAACUUGUGUGUAUUGAACUGAUUUUUUUUCCGAAAAAUAUCAAGACUGUUAUUUUCAAGACAUUGGACUAAGUUUCGUUGUGAUAUAGUGUUAACGGGUUCAUCAUGGGGUACCGCUGGUACCUUUUAACAUUACUCUCGUUAAGUGUUAUUAGUGUUUUGGGUGUGUCGUCUCGGUUGCCACGCACUAGUGCCGCUCAACUAGCUGCUACGGUUUCAGCUCAAAACAAGACUGUUUCCGAUUCGAGAAGCAACAGGACCACCAAAAAAGUUUUUAGACCAAGGGGGACGUCAAAAUCACUGUCAAUCGAUCAAUUACCAAAUGAGAGUAGAGAGCAGCACCUGUUCAGCGUGUUCGAAUCCAUCAUAUCAACGCUAGAAUCCAAACUGCAACGGAUAGAAAACUUAGACAAGGCAGUGGAACACCUAAUGCGCCGAGUUGAAGGUUUAGACUCACGCGUAAACAACAAUAUCGAUAAAACAGAGUCAGUAAUCUCCAAAUUACGCAACCUAGACGUAAAAUUGUUCCAAUCGCCCAAUAAGAACAUUUUUGAGAUGGUCAGUGACAAGUCCUUACCACCCAAAGAAGUAAUCAGUUUGAGCACGAAGCUAGUCUCGUUAGAUCAAAAAGUCAGUGAUAUAGAUUCCAAAUUGAAUUUGUUGAAGAGUCAGCUUGAUCACAACUAUUUACAAAACGAUAGAGAUGAUAUUCACGUAGAGGCCAGUGAAAAGAAGCCUGUGAGCAUGAACAUUGUUGAAAUAUCCAAAGCUCUGAAUGGAGACAUAUUGAAUCAGAUGUCAAAAGAAUUAGAGCAGUUGCGAGAAACAACUGAUUCAGUUGACAGAAAGUUAGGCUUUCAUAUUAAUUAUGUAUCAGAAAAGUUAGAAAAAGUACUGAACGUCAUGACGGAUGUUCAGAACGCUAUUGUGGAUGAUACACCUACGUAUCAUGUGCUUAGGUAUCCUAACAAAAGUAGUACUACAACCACGACUACUGCUGGACCUGAGUUAGUAAGAUCAAGCAAAAUUGAUACUUUGGUACAACAAAUUAAGCCUAUAAUGUCGGUUUCGGAAAAGAUGGAUGAGGUUUGGAAUGUUGUAGUUGGUACCAAAAGUUCCGUCGACGAUUUGGUACCUAAAUCCGAUGAGCUUCUCACACAAACACAGCGACAGGAAAGAGCUAUUGGUGAAAUACAUAACGAUCUCAAAUCGAAAACAAACAAAAUAAUUGCAAACCUGGAUAAGGUAGAAAAGAGGUUAAAGAAACAAGAAGACGAUGUGGCAACGCUGGCACAAAGACCAGUUCCUCCAGAAAUACUUCUUGCUGAAUCCAGCAUUGGUCCAGAAUAUGAAUCGACAGGAAUCGACGAAGAAUACUCAACCGACACCACACUACCCUUAUCAUUCACCACUCUACCUCCCACGGUAAUCACUCAAACAUCGUACGUAGUUCAAAACGGCAACUACAGCAACGUCGCAAACAGCGGCAACGUGGCCACGACGACGGAAAAGCGCCAGGAAAAGAGAAAAGGCGGCGUAAUUUUCCCCAGCGUCAAGAACAAGCCGGCCCUGAACAAUUCCACCUUCGUCACGUCGGACAUCGUUUCAAAUGUAAGAGAUGUUAAGGGUUAUUCUUGUGCAGACUUACACACAGCAGGAAUGAGAAAUUCUGGUAUUUAUUACUUGCAAAUUCGAGGUACGACAUUCUGGUUCCUCAAAGUCUUUUGCGAACAAGAAAUAGCCGAUGGUGGAUGGAUUGUGAUCCAAAGACGUAAUGAUUACGGUAUUCCCAGGGAAAACUUCAACAGAGACUGGAACGAUUACAAGAACGGUUUUGGUGAUCCAGCAAAGGAGUUCUGGCUGGGCAACGAAAAUAUUUAUAUGCUGACGAAUAACGAAGAAUACGCAUUGCGAGUUGAACUUGAAGAUUUUGAGGGCAACAAAAGGUACGCCCAGUAUUCCCAUUUCAAAAUCUACUCCGAAGGAGAGUACUACAAGCUCGAGAUCGACGGUUACGAAGGCAACGCGGGAGAUUCGCUCAAUGAUCCGUGGUAUGGCAGUAAUAACAGCCCAUUCUCCACGUAUAACAGGGAUAAUGACAGGUCGAGUCUAAAUUGUGCCUCGAUGUUAAAGGGUGGAUGGUGGUGGAAGUCUUGUGGUAGAGGACUAAACGGAUUAUAUUUGAAUGAUCCACAAGACUUGACAGCUCGACAAGGGAUUGUAUGGUUCCGCUGGAGAGGCUGGGACUACACCUUGAAGAAAUCCGUCAUGAUGAUAAAGCCUAAAAACUAUCUCAACGGAACUUAACCGAGAAGUUAUCUACCUAAACGCUCUGUACAAAUUGUAAAUGUUUUUUGUAUUAUUUUCUCGUCAAUUAAGUGUCCGCCGAACACUCCAAUUUAUAAUCAACCCCAAUUCUUCAUUCGCUUUAAACAAAACUAAUUUGUCUAAUUUUAGUAUUUUCCUUCAUUUCUUCUAUUUAUUACACUGCCACAUAAAUAAUUAUAAGAUGUACAAUGUACAUUAAUAAAUAUAUAGUUCAUACCAAAUAAAAUUUUAGUCACGUGAU